UGCGAACCGAGCUGGUUGUUUGGAAACACUGGUGAAUUUCCAGCGAACGUUUCGUCUCAAUCGGAUACAUUGCAGCUUCGGAUUGUUACUUAACGUUCGAAAUUGGAACGCGACGCUUCCGCAAUGAGUUGGAUCCCGAUUCGCUGAAGGCGAGAGUCCCAGGAAUUCAAGGGACGUUGAGCAAAAAAAAAUCUCAAGCAUCUCCCGUUUCGGCGUGAGAUCUGGGACGUAGUUUGCGUAGGGCUGCUAGUGGGCAGUAUUACCGCUUGUUGUGAUUACUGGAUUUUGGGGCUGUAUACUGCGCCAUCUUGAGACUUCUUUUUCUCCCCCCCACCACCCCCCCACUUCUCAAUCCCUCAUCUGAAAGAUUCUGGGGGGUUUAAAGGAUAUCUUGUUUGCUCUUUCACUCGGUCUACUGGGCCUGUAGAAGGCGGCCAAAUUAAAACUUAGUCUACCCCACCCCCGGCCCCCCUUGGUUGCCUGAUCCCACAACCACAAAAAGAGAAAAAUCACCCCCUUUUAAAAAAAAGUGAUUGAUAGGAUCGAGCAUGAGUAUCGAAACACUCCUGGAAGCUGCAAUGUUUUUGGAAUUGCAAGCGCAACAACAGAAAACACGUGAAGAACAUGAGAAACGAGACAAGUUCCUUUUGGACAGGGAGCCAGAAAGUAAAAGAACAGACUUGGAUAGAAUCAACAAUGUAAUCCACAUAGAAGAGGUUAAACCUGAGCUCCAAACUGUUCCUGCACUUCAAGUCCCGAAACCAUUGCCUCCUCCAGCUGUUGCUGCUACAGUCGUCGUGCCUCACGUGGCCAGUCCUUCCCUCGCUCCUUCCCCACUUCCUCCGCAAAUCGUACAGCAUCAUCAGCCAGUCCUGAGCCCCACCAACAGCACCAGAGAAAUUUCCCAGUCCCCGCCAGUGCUUCAUCGAUCUCCGAUCUCUGCACUAACUGACCCACAGUCUGCUACACCGUUGGUGAACAGCUCGCCCCAGCAGUUUACAAGUUCAAUGUUGACCAUCCCACCGCAUCAUGUCAUCCAGCCAUCAGCCCUACCGCAGCAGCCAAGUGGCCUUAAGCCAAGCCCAGUUGAUGAUGGAAAGCCCCAGGAUCAAAAGAGGAGGCCAGGAGGGGCAGGAACACGAGAAGUGCACAAUAAACUGGAGAAGAACAGACGAGCUCAUUUGAAGGAAUGCUUUGAAACGUUAAAAAAGAACAUCCCUAAUCUGGAUGACAAGAAAACUUCAAACCUAAGUGUUUUGCGGAGUGCCUUGCGAUACAUUCAGACUUUAAAAAGGAAAGAGAAAGAAUACGAGCAUGAGAUGGAGCGCCUUGCGAGAGAGAAAAUUGCCACCCAGCAACGUUUAGCAGAUUUGAAGAAUGAACUGAGCCAAUGGAUGGAUAUUCUUGAAGUGGAUCGCAUUCUUCGCCAAACUGUGCAACCAGAGGAUGACCAAGCUUCUACCUCAACUGCAUCCGAGGGUGAAGACAAUAUCGAUGAAGAUAUUGAUGAUAUGAGACCCAUAAACUCUCUGUCACAAACACCUCACCGCUCGCAUCAGGACUUGCUGAAGGCUGUGUCCUCUCCUAUUGCUCACCAGUCAUCGUUCUUGCCUCAGCAUUUGGCUGUCCAGCAGAAGCUGCCUCAAACCCAGGCACAAGUGCAAAUCCAGCCCCAGGCUUUAGCUCCAUCACAGACAGUGGUGCCAGCUCAGACUCACAUUGUGACAGCAUCGACGCUACAGCCAACUGUUAUUGCCCAUGCUGCACCUGCAUCCCAUGCGUCUGUGAUACACACAGCUGUCAAUCAUGUUAUUCAAGCUUCUCAAGCAAAACACAUUGCUCACAUUGCACCUGCGACCUCCAGCUCUGUCCAGCUGACCACUGCUGCUCAACCUAUUGGCCAUAUCACUGUGCACCCGGCCACCUUAAGCCAUAUGGCUCACCUUGGUCAACAGCUGCCCACUAUCUAUCCACAGCCAAUGACAGUGAACCAGCCCGUUGUGAGUCACCUAACUCACACCAUCACCCACCAGCAAGUAAAUGGCACCGCGCCUGUUGGCCAGCAGGCCGUUGUGACAAAGCAAGCUGUGGGCCCUCAAGUCAUGCACCAGCAGAUAGUGGGCCAAACAGUCCUGAACCCUGUCACGAUGGUGACCAUGCCAUCAUUUCCUGUGAGCACUUUGAAGCUGGCGUAAACUUUGGCCAACACAGAGGCCCGAGCGAUUUAAAAGACUCUUUCCCUCGGUUCUCCAAUACAUUCCUGGCAACAAAUUACAGGCGAGGGAAAGAAAGAUAGCUUUGGAAGACAAAGAUUUUGGAAAAAAAUAACUAUACAUCAUGUUCCCAAGACGGCAGUGGGAAAGGAAUGGACACUGCAGAAAAUAAACUAAUCAGAGCAACGUGGAAUGAGAACUGCCCUUAGUGACCUUUUGUGCGUGUGCGUGUAUGUUUUGUAACUGGUGAAUUUAAAAAGGUGUUAGCAAGGCUUUUAUUUUGUUUUGUUUGCUCCCCUCCCCUGCCCCUUCAUGUUUUAUACCAUUCCAGGAAUUAAUUGUCGGACACAUGUCACCAUGAUUGGACAGAGGGCUCUAAAAAGCAAAGAUGUGAAAUCUCGCAAACAAAUAGUGAAGUUGAGCUUCAUUGGUGGUGUUGAAAUACUGAGUUAAGUUAACAAAGAUAAUACGUUAGUCAAGCCUUUGAAUUUGCCUGUGUGUAUGAGAGUUGAAAUGCAGUGGUCUGCUGGACCAGGCCUGGAAGUAUUGCAGGAGGCCCUAGACAGAACCAAUGUAUCUGUCCCCAGCUUUUUGAAUAUUUGUUUUUAAAGUUGCUUUGUCAAGACCAGUAGGGGGAAAACAUAGCUAAUUGUUGCCGUGUUUAAUUUGAAAGCACCCUUUGGAAAGGCCAUUAAUUGACUGCAGGAACAAAAACAGCAAAAAGACCCACAUACGUUCUAACAGUCUGUAAGAAGUCCUGGCUAUGGUGAAUAGUUGUUCGGUGGUAGAAGGGGAGGGGAGGAGAGAACUUAAUGACGUGCUGCAGUCUUGUUUGUAGCUGUGUCCAUUGACUGAGUGGCUUUCUAAGUUUAAAGUGAGUUUAAGUGUAUGAAUUGUCUAAGACUGACAUCAUUACUGUGUGUGCUAUAAAGGCAGUGUCUAUCAUAUGGGGAACUUUUUUUAAAAAAAAGAAUUUUUCGCAAUAAAAUUUUCUGCUUUCUUUGAUUUAGGCUCAGAAUGGGUCUGAUUGGUAAACAUUAUACAUGGAUCUGAUUUAUAAACCAAAUUGGUCAUGCUGAGGUGCACCCUCACCAGUUGGCUUCUUUGGAUGAUUCUACCUUGAAGAAGUCCCCAUGUUUAAGUAUCUUGGGGUGUAUACUUUAACAAUACAUACAUUCUUCCAGGUUCCUGGAGAGAUUUAUUAUCAAGUUUACUCAAACAACAAAGUAGAACCCCUCCUCCCAGUUCUUUUCUAUAAAAUGUAGAGAUGUCUCAGGUAUUUUCAGUGAGGUUCCAAUCAUGAGCUUCUGUUUUUUUUAAAAUCAUGUAACUCCUUGAAAAUGUUGUGCCUCACACUAACCUGCUCUAAAAAUGCAACGAAGUGUAAAAUCAGAACUUGUUUCUUUAAACAUUCUCUGAGCAAUCUGAAUUGUGAGCUCAUCAUCUAUCUUGUUGCUUAUUUCAGCUGUGAACUCUUGUAAUGGGAUCAUAAUAUUGCUAAGGAAUGUUCAAGUGGAAGGUUUAGAACCGUGACCACGUGGACACUGAUCAGUUUCUCGAAUGCCAACUCUGCCCAGUUACUGCUGUUUCGUUUAUUUUCUGUAAGUCUUGAUUCUUGCACCAGAUGCUUCCAUUUUAUUUUUAAUUACAAGAGUUUGCUACAGCGAGGCACUGACCGGCUUGAAAAAUUAAGUCAGAGUGGAGCUUUUUAAUUUAUGGUGAAGUUUGUUAUUACAUCAUGUUGCUUCACAAUUCCACUGUUUGCUUGUUUGAAAUGGUAAUUUUUAAAAUUAGAUAUUGUGUAUACUUUUAUUUUAAAUUCCAGGGUACCUCUAUUCACAUUAACGACACUGGUGAAAAUAGAGUUUCAGAACUUUUUUAAUACCUUAUACCCAGAUUCCUAGCUUACUUGUAUAUUGCAACAUAGUGAUGCAGUAAUGGGUUCAAAUGAAGUUAUGUGCCAGGGAGAAAAACAGUAGUUUAUUUGUUUCUCUGAACCUCACUCUGUGGCAGUGCAUUGCAAUUUAUAAUAGAUGCAUUGUUUUCCCAUAUCACCCUGUCAAAGUACUUACUUCAGCUUGGUUAUGGGUAAAGAGCUUUAGAUGAUGUGACGUGCCCCUGACUGUUCUGCCCAACAUCAACAGUCAGUUCUUAUUAUCUCCUUUCUAUUUUUCUGUGCGUAUUUCUCCUUUUUGGUUCCCCCCACAACCAUCAAUACACCAUACCUGUGAUUGAUAAUUUGACUGCAAAGGAAUCGCAACCCCAUCCAAUCCUUCCUUCAGCUUAAUGAGUACACAUUUUUUUUUUCAGAGUUUCCGGACUACCCUUUAUUUAUCCCCUUUCAGUCUCCCUAAUCCGGGUUUAUGCCUGGGGAUGUUCCGCAGUGUGACAGCUCUUUAUUACAUCAGGGAUUGCAUUUAACCCACUAAACCUGUUGUGGAACUAGCUAUUGAUUCUCUUUUUAAAAAAACGAAAAAAAUUACACUUUUGAUAUUGUAAUGAGUGAAUGUCACUGAGUAUUUGACUCUGAAUCGUAUGCUUAGUGUUGUACUGCAGGGCCCACUUGCUGUUAUCAGUGUGUGAUCAGUUGUAAUUGGGCCACCAUUUCCUAACCAUUUCUGAAACAAAAUAUGGAGGUGUUCUGAACUGAAGAAACUAUUUUCUUAUUUGAUCUUUCACCCUCAAGAUUCUACCUAUGGCUGAGUAUGAAGGAAGCAGUCUGGUAAAAUAUAUACAGUAAAGGAUUAUCUUUUUUGACUGACUGCUUAUUGCAAGGAUUUAUAGAUGCGAAGCCUGUAUGUGAGUGUAAAGUGAGCUCCACUUCCAUUUAUUUAUAUUUUUUAUCAAAAUGCGAUCUCUUGGUGUUUUCUACAUUCUCGUGUCUUGUGCCUAGGCUCUUGGUAUUUGGGUAAGUUGUGGAUGUUGUAUAAACUAUAUUGAAUGUCCAUGUUGUUGUUUUUGGAAGACAUUUGUGUGGUGAGUUCUAUAUAAAUCUACUGGGCAUUGAAGAUUAACCCUUCAGGAGUUGAAGUCCAUUACUAUUUUCAGGGGUAUUAAUAAUAACCACCUUCCUGUUUACUUUUCAAGAUUAUCUGAGCAGAAUAAACAGUCUCAGCCAUUGCAGCAUUGGGCAGUUGGAAAAUAAACACUAGUUCAUACUUGUAACUUCCAUCCAGCUACAUAUUCUGUACAGUUAGUGCUUAUGUUUGAGCACAGGAUCCUGUAGAACGUUGAUGCCUCCAUGGUCAAUCAGCUUGCUGAGACUUGCUGGCUAGAUUUUCACAUAAAGGAGGGUUGCUUGAUUAAGGUAUCGCAGGGCUGUUGAACACAAGCAUCAACUUUUGAGAAAGGAGAUCAUAACGGAAGAGGAGGGGAUGAAUUUAAUUCUACCAAAUGCACUGAGUGGAAGCAUUAAGAAUUCCACAGGCUGGUUGUGCAACAAAGUUGUAAUCAGCCAGUGAAGACUUCCACAGUUUGACAUUUUAAUUUAAAUGGCAAAUACUUGCUUCACAAAUGCAAUUAUGAGCUUUAUUACUUCAAAAAAAAGUUGUUACAACUCAUGGGAACCUCCUUUCAACCUUUUGCCAGAGGGACAAAUGGAAUAUUUUGAAUCUGAGAUUUGUAAUGUUCUGAUUUCAUUAGUUUAUUAUUUCAUUGCAAUUUUACUCUGUUGUAGAGAGGUCUAAUUUAAAAGGAAAGAUUAAUCUUGUUAAUCCAUUUUUUAAAAAAAGUGUUAUGAGGAGAUUGUUUAAAAGCAGCUAUUCCCUGAAAGGUUUUGAGAACAGAUACAAAGUGUAUAAUUAAGUGUAAAAUGAAUUUUGUUUCCAUUUGCUUGUCAUUUUAUCAAAGUAUGACCUGCUGGUGCUUUCCCUGACCAUGUGCCCCUUGCCUAAGCUCUCCAUAUUUGGCUAAGUGGUUUACAUCCCUUAUAGCAGAAAAGAAUGCACUUCAUAUGUGGCAACCAAGAAACACUAGCUGCUUCUGUUUUGCACUAAGAACCGUAUUGGUGACACCAGCUCCUGAUGUGUUGCUCUCGCACUGUCCCUGGCUGAAACCGGAAAGUUGAACUUGCUGGAAUUUACGAAGGAUGUCAGCCAGAAGAACUUUAACUUUGAAAUCUCGCUGCAGCCGGCUAUGAUUAAAACGCUCCUGUAGCUAGGGCAAGUCUCAGUUGUAUAGAAGCAGCUUCUACCUGUGGUGGGUUCCUCUGUAACUUGAUCAUAGCCUAUUGAGCAUGGGCGACCGGGGUUUCAUACACAUCAAAUACCGGGCUAACCAAAAAAGAAUGACUGGGUCUAUAUCUGAAAUGAAAGAAAGCAGAACAAUUUCCCCCCCAUUAGAGAGACAUUACUUUUUAUUAUUAAUGUUUAUAGUGAAUUACUUCACUGUGCAACAGCUUUUGUUUAAAAUAUUGAGGGGAAAAAGUUUUUAAAAAAUCUUUUCUGUGAAGAUUUUUGAAGUGUUUGAAUGGACCAGGUGUGUGAAAAAUAUCAGUGGAUUUUUGUAUAUAAUGUAUUUUUACUAUCUAGCUGUAAUAUAAUUGCUUUCAUUCAAAACAUUCAGUAUCAAUGUGUAUAAUAUUCUCAUACCCAUCUAUCAAGCAAGAUGCACUUGCCUCAGAUACUAUAAAAAUAAAGAUACACCUGCACUGACCAUC